GACUUGAAAGUAAUUACAUUUUUUCUACAAAAUAUGGGCGAUAUAAUAAAUAAUAUGGAAAUUUUUAAAAAACUUAAUUUUGACACCUCCAACCAAUGGAUUUUCUAUGAUGAACGUUUUCAUAAAUUUUUUGAUUUUUUCGCUAAUAACAUAACUGAUUCGAAUAUUUUGGAAGAAACUGAGGUCUUGGAACGUGAAGAGUAUGUAAAACGUCAUGAGUAUUUAGAGGGUUCAGAAAGGCGAGUACGUAUUGAAGAAUUAUUGAAAGUGUAUCCUGGUUUAAUGAAAGAUUGCGAAGAGGAUGUAGAAGAUUUGACACAGGAUUUAGAGAUCUUGGAGCAAUCUUGUCUGGAGUAUGGCAAUUUAAUAAAAGACAUGCAAGAAACCAAAAAUGAUCUAAAUUGUAAAUUAAAUUAUCAAGAGAAACGUUGCACUAGUUUAACAAAUGCUGAAGCUGAGCUAGCAUUGUUAUGCAGAAAAAAAGCUAAACGUUUGGAGGAAUUACAAGAAGAUAAUCAUAAAAAAUGCCAAGAGGUGGUUAAAACUUUUACGACAAUGCAUUCUCCUCCUUUAUUUAUGCAUCAAUUAUCUUUGGAUCAGUAUUUUUUAAAAUGUGACUCAUUUACUCAAUAUCUUUCGCUGUAUUUAAAAGACAAUUUUAAAAUACAAGAUUAUAAUGAUUUGGACACCAGUCUCACUGAAAAUCAAGAAACUGCUGAAAAAUUGGAAAAACUUAAAAAGUCAAUGCGAGACUAUAAAUUGGCCUACAUAAAGGAAAAAGCGAAAUGUCGUGCCACCCAAACGGUUAUAGAAUCUCUAAAUCUAUCACAAAUUCAUGUUAUCAGUCUCUCCGAUAUGGAACGUGAAACACAUGAGCUGUCGAUAGUAAACUCUCAUCAAAAUAUUGCCAAUCAAACGCUUAUGGUCGAUCUCAAUAUACAAAUACAAUUGCAGGCACAAAAGACCAUUGAACAGAUACUCUAUGAAAAUACAAAACAGAAAUUGGAAAGAGCUUUAAAACGUCAUGAAAACGUUAAAAGUUUAAUGAAAAUUAUAUCGGAUGCAAUUUCGAAUGCUGAACUUAUAUGGAUAAACAUACAAAUGGAUUUGGAAAAGAAUCGUAAUCGUUUCGAUAAUACCGAACAGUUAACAGCAGCCACACAGCAAUGUCUGCAACGGAUACAGCUUAUGAAUCAGGCCACAAAUCAACAUGUUAUAAACUCUGCCAGUUUGGAAUUUAUUAAUCAAUUGUCACAACAGUUGGGUAAACAUUUGCGUCAACAGUUGCGCUGUGAUGUCAAGGGUUGUCUGUACGAAUAUGAAAAGUUUAAACGUUUAGUGAACUAUGCUCUACAGGGUUUACUUAAUCGUAAACCUUAUAAUGCAGCAUUAGAGAAAAUGAAAGAAAUCAAACGUUUGGAGGCAACUUUAGUGCCAUUUGUUUAUGACAGUCCUGUUAAUGUGCCCAUGUUUGAGAAUGUCCAUUAUCUAAGGCCCAUUUUUAAUGUGCAGAACCAACAGCAGCGCAUCGAAAAGCAAUUAAGACAUUUACGUACACAAUUUCAAGAAAAUAUAUCAAAAAGAUUUGAAAAAGACAAACUUUGGCGUUAUAGUCAAUUAUUAUGGAUAUGGUUUCUAACAGAGCCACGACGUGUUCUGCAUGCCAUCGAAGAAGCAAAAAAAGCUGCCUCUAAAGUACCACAAUUGACUGGCAUCAAGGCAUUGGGCGGCAUUAAACGUAAAUAAGUUUACAUUUAUACUUUUGCUUGACAUAUUCGUUAACAUUUUUCUUUUAAUUCGAUUCUUUUUGUUAUUGCAUAUAAAUGUUGAAAAUAAGUAAAAAUUUGAUAAUAAAACUAACUUAUUAGGGAUUUUCAUAUUCAAA